AUGAUAGUGGCACAUAGAAGCACCAAAAAGGCUUCGCCCGAAUGGUCGGGACAGCCAGAGGAGUGUGAGAUGCGAAACCCGCCGCAAUUCGAAUUGCCACGGCUCAACGCCUUGGAUUGUGUGUUGUUUGCUGUCUUUGUCAGAGACCUGGAAUUCCGCAACGCCUACAAUGCGUACACUGUGGAGCUUUGCUUUGGUCUGGCUUGCAGCGCUGUGCUGUGGCGAAAGCCCUCUUUAUCUUUGCUGGUUUUUCCGGUGAUUGGCCUGCUCCUCAAGGAGGGAACCAUGCAACUGACGGGAUUCCAAAGUUCACAGCAAGUGGACAUUUGCAUUACAAACAGAUGCUUAUGGCUAUACAGCGUUUACAUGAACAAGGCCGAUUUGCCAGUCAUUGGUUCACAAAAUCAGGGCGAGUUUUGCUCUGCCGCUGGCAUUGCUAGCCUAGCAUGCAUGCUGCCGUGCGGCCUUAAGAGCGUGAUCGCACGGCAGCGAGUGAAAUCCUUCUCCUUCCUGGCAUUGAAGGAGAAGGCCGCCAGAGCUUUGAAUUUCGUGCACCCUCAGAGUGGUAAUGUUUGGAAGCCUCGGCACCUCUUCACCGAAACACCCAGUGGAAAUCUCCGGGAGCUGCAGACCUCAGAGCUCCAAAGGGAGAAGGUCUUGUGGGCAGAGCCUCCCUGGCAUGCGGGCGCAGUGCUGCAACAGGGCCUAACCUCGCGACGACGCUGGACUUGGGGGUCGCGCAUCUACCAGAGACUCUUGCGGAUGCCUUGCUGCGUGCCACUGCACCGGCUUUGGCACAGCGCACGCAGCACCGCCUCGGCAGCCAAAGGCGGUGCUCGCAGCUCCCCACGCCGGGAGAAGAAGCCACAGGAUCCCAAGAGACCCAGCCACUUUAUUUCGGUGCGAAUGGGCGAAGAUGUACGGAAGGCCGCUGUGAAAGUGCAGAAGGAGUGUUUGAUCCCAAGCAGCCAGCUCCAUUUGACACUCCUGACGCUGACGCUGCAAACAGAGGAGGACAUACAGGUUGCCAAAGAACGCCUCAAUCAAGUAGCUGAUGCAGAAGGCUUCAGCUUCAAGCUACAAGGCUUGGAGUCCUUCGGGCACCGAGUACUCUUUGCCCGUGCUCGUGAUGAUGGGUCCCAGGGAUUUGCAUCCCUUUGCUCUCUGCACACGCGCGUCCUCCGGCACGAUGCCAAGCGCCUGGGGCUGCAGAUGCGAAGCGAUGGAUCUGUGGCGCUGAAGGAUCUAGUGGCUUUGUCGUUCUUCAGAACCAAUGGCUAUUCGGAGGCCGAUGUGGAAAGAGAAGUGAGAUGCAACGCCAAGCAACGGUUCUCCCUUUGGCUAGACGAUGGCGUGAAGCGCAUUCGCGCUAACCAGGGCCACAAGAUGAAAGAGGUCGUGGACUCCGAGCUCUUGACGCCGAUCCUGUCGGCCUCAGAGCUGCCGGUGUGCAUUCAUGGAACCUACAUGAAGAGGUGGCACUACAAGAAGAAGUGCUAUGUGGACGUUUGGCCUGCCAUCAAACGCGAAGGUUUGAAACCCAUGGGCCGCAACCAUAUCCAUUUUGUGCCUCAUGAGGUCGGCUCUCGCACGGUGAUCAGUGGCAUGCGCCAAGAUUGCACUGUUGCGAUCUACUUGGAUGUGCCAAAAGCCUUGGACAUGGGGAUCAAGCUCUUCCGUUCCGCCAACGACGUGGUCUUGACCCGCGGGGACGAAGCAGGACAUGUUCCAACGGAGCUCUUCACACGAGUCGUGGAGAUCAAGACGGGUCGGUUGCUUUGGUGCCGAAGCGGCACCAUGUGGAGGCUGCCGACGCCGCCUUCACGCGAAAGCAUGGGCGGCAAGGGCUGGUCAAAGCGUCAGCGCCGACUUCCCUUCCUAUGUGCGCUCGCCUUCCUUGCUCGCUCGUGUGAUUUUCUGAGCGAGGAUGAGGCUGCCGACGCCGCCUUCAUGCGAAAGCAUGGGCGGCAAGGGCUGGUCAAAGCGUCAGAGAGAAAUCGGCUGGCGCACGCCUUGACUGGCAAUACGUCUGGCAGCGAGGACUUUCCUUCCUAUGUGCGCUCGCCUUCCUUUCUCACUCGUGAUUUUCUGAGCGAGGAUGAGGAAGAGGACAGCGCCUGGGCUAAAUUGGAGCAUUGCAAGCUGGGGUGCUUCCAGCCGCAUGUGACCAUCGCAAAGACCAGUCGUGCGCGCCAGCACGCAAGCGGUGCUCGCAUUCCAGAGAGCUGCUGGCAGGCCCUCCGGAAGGUGGAGCUGGGCACCGUGAUGGUUGACUCCCUCGAGCUGUGUCGGAUGAAGGGCGAUGAGCAAACAGGUGGAGCUCCCUGGGCCGAAAGUCCAGGUGUUGAUCCAAACGCACCUUCGAUCAAACUGAAUGCAUGGGGGGGAAAUGAUGAGAUAUUGGUUUGGCAUUGGUAA